AUGCUUGAAUGGAUGUGCCUCGGCUAUGUCAAUGUUUUGCUAAGGACCAUCCUCCUAGACCUAACACACCAGGGACCCCAUGGCUCUGCUUCAUCAAGCAGCAAGUUGUUGAUGACAAGCUACCUUAUAUAUUCCAUCGUGGUGUCUCGUUAUGCACACACUUGGGUCACCUCUGUCCUCUUCAAUCCACAUGAUGAAGCGCAUGAAGCCAUCUUUGACCUGAAUCUACCUUGCAUUGCCUUUAUCUCCAAUUUCACAAUGUAAACCAUCAACACUGAAGUUUAUGUUGCAGAAAUCAAAGAAAAACACCAGGCAAAGAAAAUCUAUGAGAAAGCCUAUCCGCAAGGAAAGGCAGCUGCUCAUGUAGGUAUCAGGGAUCGGGAAUCAGAAAAAUUUCAAAUCUCCACUAGGUUAGUAGCAGGCACACAGGAAACUUUUGCUCUGACCUAUGAGGAACUGCUCCAGUGACACCAGGGCCAGUACCAGUUGGUGAUAAGCCUGAGGCCUGGACAUUUGGUGAAGAUGGUAAAUGUAGAAAUCACUGUGUCUGAAAGUACAGUCAUCACCUAUGUGCACAUGCCUCCCCUGAGGACCAGCCGAAUGUGCACUACCAAUCAAACAAGUAUGGUGACCUCCCCCAACCACUGGAGACAGAGGGGAGAGAUCUGUAUCCAAAUCACCUUCUUUCCAACACUGCACCAGGCUGCCCUCUCCAGCUCAAGCAUCAUAGCUGACUUCACCAUCUACUAUGAUGUAAUCAUGGAGGACAUCACUAGAGAUGUCCAGAUCUAUGUUGGAUAUUUUAUUCAUUACUUUGUUCCCAGAGGCCUACAGCCAGUAAAGAAGAAUGUGGUGUUUGUUAUUGAUGUGAGCUGCUCCAUGUUUGGAACCAAGUUGCAACAGGUAAAAAAAGCCAUGAACAGAAUUCUCAGUGACCUGCAAUCCAUUACCUUUUCUGACACAGUUAACAUCUAUUAAGUUGAAGGUUCAAUCCAGACCACUGUACAGAAUAUCCAUAGUGCCAAAAAUUACCUCAGUAGCAUGGAAGCAUUUAUUUGGACCUACAUCAAUGCAGCCUUGUUGGCAACUGCUUCAGUGCUGAACCAUAGCAACCAGGAGCCUGGAAAGUGCCGUGGUGUGGAACAGAUUCCUCUUAUCAUGUUCCUGACAGAUGGGGAACCCACAGCUGGCAGAACAACUCCCAUUGUGAUCCUUUCCAAUAUCCCUCAGGCCCUGGGCCACAGGGUAUCUCUUUUCAACUUGGCCUUUGGGGAUGGUACUGACUUCUCACUGGUGCGUCGUUUGUCCCUGGAGAACCAAGGAGAAGCGAGGCACAUAUAUGAGGACACAGAUGCAGACUUGCAACUAGAGGGUCUCUUUGAGGAGAUUUCCAAGCCUCUGCAGUCAGAUGUGCACCUGGACUACCUGAGUGGCUUGGUUGGGGCCUCCUCUAGGGCUCUUUUCCAUAACUACUUUUGUGGCUCAGAGUUGGUAGGAGCUGUUAAGAUGCAGCCAAGUGAGCAGGGACUAGGUACCCACCUAGCAGCCCGGGGCAUAAAUGGUCAGCUUCUUGUGCCCCAACUCAGUGAAGAAGCCACCAACAGCAGCCAGAAAGACUUCGGUUGCUCAGGGAAACCUACCUUCAGUGUGUCCCACUUUAUCCACGGCCUGUGGGCCUAUGUCUCUAUUGGGGAGCUGCUGGAGGCAUGCUUCCAAGCCUGGGAUGCUACCACUCGCCAUCUCCUGACCUCCAAAGCCCUCAGCUUAUCACUUAAAUACAACUUUGUUACACCUCUGACUUUACUGGUCAUGGCGCACCUUGAGAAGAUCAAUGAGGAAGCUGUGAGGCAGCUAUCCACCACAGCUGAGACAAGCACAGUCACACCCUCAUUCAGCAACAGCCUUGGCCUAAGAGCUAGCACAGCUCGGAUAGCCUCAGUUCUCAAAGUCUCUUCCAAAUCAAGGCUCAUGAAACCAACAUCAGCUCUUACUGGCCCUACAGAUUCCAAGGAGAUAGGGGUACUGACUCAGUUCUCUAAUAGCCUAACAGCUUCAGUGCCACCAAAGGCCCAAACUUCAGCACAAGAAAAUCCCAGCACCUUGGUACUGCCAACUUUGAAGAUGAAACCUCUUGCCCAUGUGCCUUCAAAUUCUAAUGACUCAUUCCCUUGGAAGCCCAGCAUUUCAUCACCCCAGAACCCUGGUAUCACAUCACUUGUUAAUUCUAGGACACGUGUCCUGCCUUUGAAUCCUGUCAGUCCUUCCCAGCCCAAAGGUGGCACCAUGAAACAUUUUAAUCAGUUUACUCCUUCCAAACUCCCUGCUUUGUCAGAUGCCCAACCUACACCAAAUGCCACAUCAUACCAUCAACUUUGGGAACCCGUAUCACAGUUACUCCAAAGCCUGCCACAGAUCAAAUCUAUUUCCACAUUUCAGUUACCCAAACAGCCAUUACACCUCAGCUCCAAAAGUCUUGCUUCCAGGACUCCCCCAAAUUUACCACACCCUAAAACAGGGAUUGUCCUGCUCAAGUCUUCUAAAAUCCCUUCAUCUCGAAAACCUAGUGUCUCCUCUCACCAAACUUCUACUAGCUUACUACUACUUUCCAAGUCCAGAACCCCAACUCCUUACAGCACCUAAAUCCGCUUGCCUGCCAGAGCCAGGCCACUAGUUCCUCAGGGCCUCAGCACAUUCUCAAACAUAAUCUCAAGUUCCAGAGGUCCCAGCAAUACAAUUGUCCCCUCUAUCCUUGGGGAACCUCUCUCUUCUCCUUUUACCCCUACUCUGACCUCUCUGCUGCUGCCCACUGCAAGAUUCUGGAAUCACCAAGACCCGCUGCUAGGACCCAAGAGCACUAGGCAAGUUCUGGGACCAUCUCUGUCAGAGAUGGCUCUACCCAACAGCUCUAGUCUGAUGCCAGAAGACAGCCCCCAAAACCUCCCAAUCUUGCUGCCUUCCAGCAUUCUCCUGGAGGCCAUCAGUCUUCACUUUCUUCCAGAGAAGCUCAAGCUGCUGCCAACAUCAGUGGAAGAGUCCAAAUUCACGAAGUCCUUGAACCCUCCAGUCUUCUACACCUUCCUCACUCUUGACAAAGAUGGUGAGUGAUGAAACUGGGAUAGCAGUUCCAAGAGGAUCCAGGGAGGAACUGAACAUGACAUGGACUCUAAGGAAAGUUCUGUGGAGCUAAUAAAAGGAACAUUGCCAGGCAUCUUCACUUUCUCAUCUUCUGUGGAUGGGGACCCCCACUUUGUGAUUCACAUUCCUCACUCAGAUGAAAAGAUCUGCUUCACAUUGGAUGGGUGCCCAGGGGACCUACUGCAGCUUAUAGAUGACCCUAAGGCAAGCCUGCAUUUCUCCCUUACAAGGCUGCAUGUGAGUGGGCAGUUGCUUGGAACACCACCAAGGCUAGGCCAUAAGGACCAGACCUGUACAUACUUCCAGAUCACCACAAUUGCUUCAGAUAAAACCCAGGCCUACCCCAUUACAAUAAGCUGCAGUUCCAUAUUUGUUCAAGGUGAGGGCACCUUGCACUUAUGCUGGGAACAAUAUAGCCUGGUAAAGAAGCCCCAGAUGGAGCUCCAUGUGGCUUCUGCAUGCCAUCUUACCCUCUGCCUUGGGCCCCACCUAAGCUUCCUCAUCCUUCAUCAUCAGUACAGACACCCCAGCACACGACAGCUACCCUACUUGGGACGGUUUCAACAGAGAGACAUCCAGCUGGUAACGGGACCUACUGGGUCUUUUUUACAGAGGCACCAUGGCCCAGAUGUGCCAGUGGUACUAGGCAAGAGGCUGCUGAAAGAAUCACCAAGGCUGCUUCUCCCAUGGGCUUUAUGCUGGCUGGUGAAAAGUUCUCAUGUAGAACAGCUGCUGGGUCAGCCCUACCUUGCCUACGUUCAGUGA